AGUUUACUCAUUCUCUGCUCUGAACCUGUGAGGAAACAUCUAAGGCCUAUUCCAAUACACGCCACUGGAAUGAAGAGUGUCGCGUUGCUUAUUCUUUUUUUGCUGCUGAGGCUCAUGGUUUGCCAAGGAGCCAACCCCUGUUGCUCCCAGCCAUGUCAGAAUCGAGGUGUUUGCACGUCUCUGGGCUCUGACUCCUAUGAAUGUGACUGUACACGCACUGGAUACUACGGCCAAAACUGCACAGCACCUGAGUUUCUCACAUGGGUGAAAAUAUCUUUGAAGCCUACUCCCAACACUGUGCAUUACAUUCUCACCCAUUUCAAAAGCUUGUGGAAUAUUGUCAACAAAUUGUCAUUUUUGAGGGAUGCCAUAAUGCGAUAUGUAUUAACAUCACGUGCCCAUCUGAUCGACAGCCCUUCUAUAUUCAAUGCGGACUAUGGUUACAAAAGCUGGGAAGCUUACUCUAAUCUAUCCUACUACACCCGCACACUGCCUCCUGUGCCACAUGAUUGCCCAACGCCAAUGGGAGUCACAGGUAAGAAAGAGCUGCCAGAUGUGAAGCUGGUGGCUGAGAAACUGCUCCUCAGGAGAAAGUUCAUCCCGGACCCUCAACGCACCAGUCUUAUGUUUGCUUUCUUCGCCCAACACUUUACACACCAGUUUUUCAAAACCGACAUGAAGAAAGGUCCAGCGUUCACAAGAGCCCUGAGUCAUGGGGUGGACUUAAGUCACAUAUAUGGACAGGACCUUGAUCGCCAACACAAGCUAAGACUUUUCAAGGAUGGCAAGCUGAGAUAUCAGAUUCUAGAUGAUGAGGUGUAUCCGCCAACAGUCAGCGAGGUUCAAGUAGACAUGCACUACCCUCCUCAUGUACCUGAGACCCAUUGCUUUGCCGUGGGUCAUGAAGCCUUUGGACUCGUUCCUGGGCUCAUGAUGUACGCCACGAUCUGGCUGCGUGAACACAACCGCGUAUGUGAUAUUCUAAAGCAGGUGCAUCCUGACUGGGACGAUGAGAGGCUGUUUCAGACCUCUCGGCUCAUCCUCAUUGGUGAGACGAUCAAAAUUGUGAUUGAAGAUUAUGUGCAGCACCUGAGUGGUUACCACUUUAAGCUCGAGUUUAAUCCCGAACUUCUCUUCAAUGAGCGUUUCCAGUACCAGAACAGGAUUGCCUCUGAGUUCAACACCCUUUACCACUGGCACCCCCUUAUGCCUGAUGAUUUUCACAUUCAAGAUGAAGUCUACAAUUACAAACAGUUUGUCUUCAACACAUCUAUAUUGACUGACUAUGGUGUCAACAGCUUGGUUGAGUCCUUCACCAAUCAGAUAGCUGGAAGGGUGGCUGGAGGGCGCAAUGUUCCACCGGCUGUUUUGAUGGUGGCCAUGAAGUCAAUUGAAGACAGCAGAAAAAUGCGCUACCAGUCUAUCAAUGCUUAUAGGAAACGCUUUAACAUGAAGCCAUACAAAUCAUUUGAAGAUAUGACAGGAGAGAAGGAGUUGGCUGCGGAACUUGAAGAGAUGUAUGGGGAUGUGGAUGCAGUUGAGCUUUAUACCGGUCUGCUGGUUGAGAAGCCCAGGCUCAACGCCAUCUUUGGAGAGACCAUGGUGGAGAUGGGUGCCCCCUACUCUCUCAAAGGACUUAUGGGAAAUCCCAUCUGUUCACCUGAGUACUGGAAACCGAGUACCUUUGGUGGAAAAGUGGGCUUUGAAAUUGUUAAUACUGCUUCUCUGCAGAGGCUGGUUUGCAAUAAUGUCAAAGGGACCUGCCCCAUAGCAUCUUUCUAUGUGCCUGACGUAAAAGAUUCAGUACCAGCCACUAUUAAUGCAAGUACUUCUCACUCGGAUCAAAAAGUCAACCCUACAGUUUUACUUAAAGAACGGACCUCUGAGCUCUGAUAAUUAUAUGCUGUAAGAAAAUUAUUUAUUUAUUAUUUAUUUAUUUAUAAAUAUUAUAUUUAUCUUAUUUAUUGGACCGAAUUAUUUUUGUAUUUGUAAUGAAAAGUUUUUUGAUAUUGAUAUGUUUUAUUAAAUGUUUAUUAAAUGUGUAUGUGUUGUAAAAAUGUUUACAUUAGACCUCAGAUUUCAGCACUGCCAUAAUACUGAUUAUCUUAUAUUGUUUACAAUGUUAACUGUGGUUUAAGAUGGUUUGUUUGUGUUUACUGUCUGUUUUUUUUUUUUGUCUGCUUUUGUUUCUCUUAAUCUCCACAAUUAAACAUCUCAAGAUCGCAACAGAAUAUUUAGUUUUCUUUGAAAAUAUCUCUAUAAUUACAUGCUUUCUUUUUGUUUAUAAUUUUUCUCACCUGUUUAAUCUGGAAAAGUAUUGAUAUUUUCUUGUUUUUAUACCUGUAUAUUUGACUUUAUAAACUGAUAA